CGCAUCAUUGACAAUACAGUUUUUGGAAAAGGAUCUCGGCCAUUUAACGGAAAACGAAAGUUCAAUUAAACAUCUCGAAGAAGAAGUUCCCACGACCACCAAGGCGACAAUUAGCGAUUCUUGAAAAAUUUGACUAAUUAGAGGAUUUCGUGUGUGAAUUGUUAGAGGGUGGCCAUUCUCACAAUUCAAGUUUGGAGCUAUAAAAACUCUGCCGUUUGUUGUAAACGGUAUCAGUUACUUCAGUUUUGCCCCAUAAACAUGGCCUCAGUGCGAUACGUAUUCGUUUUGAUGGCGGUAGCCCCACUGAUGCUAUGCGUCCCGGUUGCGAGACCACCAAAGGAAAAAGAUCAUUCGCACUUCGUCAUCCACGUGCCGCAUCAUGUCAAAACCGUCCACCACGUGAGAAAGGUCUACGUUCCGAUCUACAAGAAGGUGUACGUCAAGGAAGAGCCGACUGGUUGGGCAGACUCACACUCGCAUAAACAUUGGUCUGACGAAGAGGAAUGGGCCCCUUCGGACUCGGAUUGGUCCAAACCGGAUUGGACGAAGUCGCACGAGUGGACCAAACCAGACUGGUCUGCGGCGGAUUGGGAGCCGAAGAUGAACUGGUCCAAACCAAAGAAGUGGUCGAAAUGGGGGAAAUAG